AUGGCUGAAGAAAAUCAUACCAUGAAAAAUGAGUUUAUCCUUACAGGAUUUACAGAUCACCCUGAGCUGAAGACUCUUCUGUUUGUGGUGUUCUUUGCCAUCUAUCUGAUCACCGUGGUGGGGAAUAUUGGUUUGGUGGCACUGAUAUUUAUACACCGUCGGCUUCACAUACCAAUGUACCUCUUUCUGGGAAACCUGGCUCUUGUGGAUUCUUGCUGUGCCUGUGCCAUUACCCCCAAAAUGUUAGAGAACUUCUUUUCUGAGGACAAAAGGAUUUCCCUCUAUGAAUGUGCAGUACAGUUUUAUUUUCUUUGCACCGUGGAAACUGCAGACUGCUUUCUACUGGCAGCAAUGGCCUAUGACCGCUAUGUGGCCAUAUGCAACCCACUGCAGUACCACACCAUGAUGUCCAAGAAACUCUGCAUUCAGAUGACCACAGGGGCCUUCAUAGCUGGAAACCUGCAUUCCAUGAUUCGUGUGGGGCUUGUAUUUAGGUUAGUUUUCUGUGGAUCGAAUCACAUCAACCACUUUUACUGUGAUGUUCUUCCCUUGUAUAGACUCUCCCGUGCUGACCCCUUCAUCAAUGAGCUGGUUCAACUCAUCUUCUCAGGUUCAAUUCAAGUCUUUACCAUAGGUAGUGUCUUAAUAUCUUAUCUCUAUAUUCUUCUUACUAUUUUCAGAAUGAAAUCCAAAGAGGGAAGGGCCAAAGCCUUUUCUACUUGUGCAUCCCACUUUUCAUCAGUUUCAUUAUUCUAUGGAUCUAUUUUUUUCAUAUACAUUAGACCGAAUUUGCUUGAAGGAGGAGGUAAUGAUAUACCAGCUGCUAUUUUAUUUACAAUAGUAGUUCCCUUACUAAAUCCUUUCAUUUAUAGUCUGAGAAACAAAGAAGUAAUAAGUGUCUUAAGAAAAGUUCUGCUGAAAAUAAAAUCUCAAGAAAGUGUGAACAAAUGA